UUCUAUAGUGUAGAGUGGGCUGAGCUUUUCCUAAAACACAGCACACACCGUACGCUGAGCCUGGACUCUGCCAACUUCUAGCCAGGGGCUGCCCGCACCCUCUGUGCCCUGGGCUGCUGCUUCUCCUGCCAGGUUCCCGAUGCCCUGGACCCCAGAUUGUGUGCCUCUGCUUCUCACCACUGGAGUGGCCCCAGAUCCGGCACCCUUGAACUUGCUGCUCAGACACACUGACCCCAGGAGCUGGCUGCUAUGGAUUUUGCCCAUUGAAGGAUGCUGCAGAUUUAAAACCGCCUGCUCACACUGGAAAUAUACCGUUUGCACUGCCAAGCACACUGCUGAGAAGGAAGUGAGAUUUGGGAUUUAAAGAACCAGGAGCAGCCCUGAACUACCUCCUGCAUUGCUGUGAUCCACAUGGAACGUGAUGGAACCUCCAGCUGGAUACCAGGAGAUCGCGGGGACCAGGCUGGGUUACCUCCGAGUGGGAGGAAGGCAGCUCUUUGCUCUGGCUCAGGUACUCAGCGGUCCCUUGCGCGGGGUUCCGCGGGGGCGUGUCUGUCGGCGGAUGGAGAGGCUUCAGAUACAGAGCAGACGGUGUGACCUUCGGGAACUUCGGGCCCUUAAAGCUCUAAGGUCGGUCCCCAGCCGAGCCGUUCAGUGCUGCCUCAUAACCCUAGAAGAUCUGCACAUUCUCUGCUCCUCAUGGGGCCCCCAGGUCCUCUCCUCUGCCACCAGCGACCUGCAUGAUGAAAAUUCUGAGGAGGCCAAUGACAAGGACUGUGUGUCCCCCAGGAUGAGAGCCACUUUCCCUCAGGGCUUAUCCAAUCUGUUUGCUGGGGCCCCUCACAGCCCCGUCACUUCGGUGGGCUACUCCAGCAAUUCGGAUUCAAACCUGGAGCAGACUUGUUCUUCUGACGCGGAGUCAGAUAGCAGUGGGGCGUCAGGGGAAUACCGCCCCAGGGUGAGAACGGAGAGCAAUAGGCACAUUAGAACGCGGAGCCGGGAAGCGGAGUUUGUUCCAUUCACGAUCAGUGAGCCAGAGUGGCCACCCAGGCUCCAGAGUCCAGAACCGGACCCUGUAGAACAGAACACUAAGGUGGAGGAGAAGGUAGAGACUCCAAAGGAGCCUGAAGUAGAGGAGAAGCCCCCAGAAGAAGAACCACCUUCAGAGGAUGUGGACAGGGAUGUACAAACGCCGGUCCCCGAGACCAGAACUCAGCAGUUUGAUAGGCUGGUCAGGAAGUCCAAACUCUGGUGCUAUGCCCGGGGGUUCAGGACAGAUAUCCGUGACCUCCUCCCACUGGUCGCCAGUAGACCUAAGGGGUCAACAGGCCGUAGGAAAGCAGGAAAGGCUGGUUCUAAAGUGGGGCAAAGAUCCAAGAAAUCGCAGGGUGGAAAAGAAUCUGGAGCUCAUCCCAAAAGGGUCAACAACACCCCACAACCCUCUGUCCGACCCCCUUUCAGCUUUCUGGGGAACUUCCCUGCACCUCCUUCCUUGAUGGUGGGAGAAGAUGGAGACCUAUGCCCCGCUUAUUCUUUGAAGGCCAAGAAUCCAAAAAUGGUGCCCACAGCUCACCCCCUGUGGGGUUGGCAUCCUGGAGGAAGUGCUAUACCUGUACCUCCAAGUCUAAAAUUUAGAUCCUACCCCUUGGAUAUUUUUGAGUAACCCCUUUAACACUGCUGUCCUUUAUAAUACUGAGUGGGAACCAGACCUCACCCUUCACUCAUUUAGUAGGGGUUUCCAUUGAUUGCACUGCUUCUUUCUACACGACAGGCAGACAUUUAGAAUAAUAUCAGGUGAUUUACUAUUGUAACAAUUUACUUGACUAUGAUAGGAUCUAAAUUGCGGAGCAAAAGUAUUUAAAGAGCUAAUGGAUGACUGAAGCCAUGUGGAUGUUCUCUGAUCUCUUUGUUGACUUUUUUUUUUGCAAUCACAAAAGAAAUGUGUAUUUAUUUUUUCUAUGCGACCUUGUUGAGUGUGUUAAAUUGUGGCUGUUACACACAUUGAGCUGUACCAUAGACAUCUGGUUGUUAUUAUUGCAGCUUUUUGAAAAGCAUUGUAUUUUUGUAUACUAUUUGUACACAUUGGAUAAUAUUUUGAUGGGAGGGGAUACCUACAUUUUUUGGUUUUCUGUUAAUUAUGUGAAUUCAUUUUUUGUUAUAGUUUUAAAUUACCAAGCCAGGAUAGGUAGUGGCUGCAUUUUUUUUUAAUGGUUUGAAGUUUAGCCACAUUGUAUUUCGAGUAUAAAAUGAGAAUCAUGGAAAAGUGGAAAUAAAAAAAAAAUAAACUUAUAAAUAUAUAUACAAACUUUU